GCCGUGAACGCAGCAUAAACCCCUCCUCCGGUUGUCCGAGCGGGAAGUUCAGCUGAGCUAAACAUGUAGCACACAUCCAUGAGCUCCGGCUAGUUCACAUUUAACACAUAGAAAAAUCACCUGUGAGCUAUUUUAACUGUUACAACAGCAGAGCUCUGCAAUCAUGUCCAGUAACGCUGAGGAGAGGAGCGACCCUCCUGCACACAGGUGUUUCGGACAGUAUACCUACACAGCUGAAGAGUACCAGGCGGUGCACAGCGCUCUGCAACAGAAGCUGGGACCAGAGUUCAUCAGUACCAGAGUGGCUGGAGGAGGACAGAGGGUGUGCUAUAUCGAAGGACAUCGUGUGAUCAGCCUGGCUAAUGAGAUGUUUGGGUACAACGGAUGGUCUCACUCCAUCUCGCAGCAGAACGUCGACUUUGUCGACCUCAUCAACGGGAAGUUUUACGUUGGAGUCAGUGCGUUUGUCAAAGUGCAGCUGAAGGACGGGGCAUUUCAUGAGGAUGUUGGGUAUGGAGUCAGUGAAGGACUGAAGUCUAAAGCUCUGUCACUGGAAAAGGCGAGAAAGGAAGCUGUCACUGAUGGCAUGAAGAGGGCUCUGAAAUGCUUCGGGAACACCCUUGGAAACUGCAUCCUGAAUAAAGAAUACCUCCUAGCCAUUAACAAGAUCCCCAAACAGCCUCCUCCUCCUCUAGACCCAGCUAAGACGAAGCGCUCCGAAGGCGAGCCCUCGGUGGACAAGGCCCGGUUCUCGAGUCUGGUCCGAGAGGAAAAGCUUCGUUCUGCGGUGGGAGCUGCCAGGAUGCCGCUGGAGCCCAGAGUCCUCAAUCAGAACCAGAACGGUUCAGAUCUGCAUACGCCUAACGCUGCCGCUCCCAACAGAGAGAGCGAGAACGUCAGCUCCAGACCUGUCAUGGACUCAGUGGACGUUGUCGGGUCUGAGGAGCACACAGACCCCAAACAGCUGAGAAAGCUCCGACAGCAGCAGCUUCAACAGAAGUUCAGGAAAGAGAUGGAGGCCAAGAUGCUGCAGCAGAAACACAAUCAGACCAAGACUGAGGACAAGGAGGUCACUAUUGGACGAGAAUCCAGUGGAGGUCAUGAAGGUGCCUCUGCAUUCAUUGACAGAGCUUCAACUGGCAGCACAGACGAGUGUUUAGCAGAUGAUCCUGAGCUCUGGAAUUUCACACUGGAUGGGAUUGAAGAGCUGGAUGCCCCCGCAGGCGGCCCAUCCACCAGUGGGCUCAGGCCAAGCACGCCCGGAAACCACCACAUGCAGACACGCAGUAAGACACCUCAGAGAGCCCCAGGUAGACCUCCAGACAACUAUGCCCCAUCAUACAGCAGAGGGCAGGACCGGAUCAAUCCACCAAUCAGCAAUCAACAUCAGAACCAGCAUCAGGCGAGAUCAGGUGAAGCCUCCAGUCCAUACAGACAAGGACAGUACAUGAAGAAACGACGACUGGACACUUGAGACUUUGUUACAGUUCCACAGCUUCCUCAUCAUUUUGUCAAAUCAUUCAUUUUAUUUUUUUAUAUUUAUUUUAAUAUGUACUAUUUUCUAUUAUGUCAAUUUUGCAAUAAAUUGCUGCUAUGUCCAAUA